UUUCACAGUCAACGCUUUAGAUCACAGCAUGGCUAAGCUGUUAAUAGUCGCCGCCAUGGCGCUAACAUGCGUCAUUGCUGAACCUCCCAUUCCGAGACAGGGUGGCUAUGCCAGCCAACCAUCUAGCCGGUAUGGGGCCCCAGAAGCUUCAGGUCGAUUUGGAGGGCCCAACAUCCCCUCCACUCAAUAUGGCGUUCCCGGAUCGCUCUCAACACAAUAUGCUACUACCGCUGGUUCAAGCCGAUCUGGCAAUGGCGCUUCUAGUAGAUUUGGUGGCACCAAUUCUCCAUCAAACCAGUAUGGAGUCCCCGGGGCUUCCAGCCGUUUCGGUGCAGGCAAUUCUCUGUCGACUCAGUACGGCGCUCCUAGUGUUUCAAGCCGAUUUGGAAGCCCCAGUUCUCUACCAGUUUCUGGCCGAUUUGGUGGCGCUAGCUCCCUGUCGUCUCAAUAUGGUGCUCCUGGUGCCUCAAGCCGAUUUGGGGGUACCAGUUCUCUGUCAACGCAGUAUGGUGCUCCCUCAGGUUCCAGCCGAUUCAAUGCGCCAAGCUCACAGUACGCCCCUGGAGUUGGAUACGCUGCUUCAAGAGGAGGAUAUAGUGCCCAGGAAGACGAUCUUGCUGAGCCAGCUAACUACCAGUACUCUUACGAAGUUCAGGACCCCGAGUCCGGAGCCGAAUUUAGUCAAGAGGAAAGUCGCCAGGACGAAAAUGCUCAAGGCUCCUACCGGGUCCUCCUGCCCGACGGCCGGCUGCAGAUCGUGGAAUACGAGGCUGACCAGGAAGGAUAUAGACCACAGAUCCGCUACGAGGACACUGGUGCCGGAUACUCCAGCGGACCUCAGCAGAGGGGACAAGGAGGACCAUAUUAAAACAAGGAAAAAACGGGUUUUUUCUUAUAGAGAUUCAGAGAUUUAUAUGUACUUUAUGAUAAACAGAAUG